CUUUCUGCAGGCUCCCCCCACUUUACUCUUCCCGACGCAGGCAAAGGAGAGAGAGCUUUGGCAUGACCCACCGGCUCCCAAGCUGUCUCCCGUCUUCCAAGGCGGAGGGGAGCUGGCUGGAAGAAUCCUCUUUAUCUCUUUUCUGAAGGAUGUCUAUUGAUGGGGAGAACAUAAACUAAAUUCCAAAAAAUCAGUAAGAGUUGACAACGACUGCUUCUCGAGGAAUCUGACUUCUUAGUAGAUUCUAAGCUGGUUGCUUUUUUUCUCCGCAUUUCCAAAACUAGAAGUCUAAAUUAAAGUGGAAAUGGAGAAGCGUUCACCUCCUGUUGGGACGAUUAAGGAAUUUCUAAAUUGCUCACCAUCCUGGAAAGACCACAUAGAUCUAAAUAGAACAGCUGUGAAGCCCCAAUACUGGGAAGUCUGGCAGCAGGUCCUCCUACCAACUCCACAGCACAAACAGACAGAUGCAACACCUCCUAAGACAACGCUGGACGACAUUCAGAUUUGUGUGGUUUCCUCUGACAAUUCUCCUGACUCCUUUAAAGAGAAGGAGGCCAACACUGAAGGAAUGGCUGGAAUGGAUUGUGUGAUUACUAUUGAAGAAGAAAUUGAAGUCCAAGGAAAGUCCUCACCAGAAUCUAGGAUUGAGCGCAGAGAUGAUAUCAAGAUUUGCACUGUGCCUGAAUUACAAGACAAGGCCCCAUUUGUGGUCAUAGAUGGAGGGAAGACUAAAACCUUCACAAAACCUGUUAAAGACAGAGGCGUCUCCAAAGUUGAAAAGGCCACUCAGACUGAAGUCACCAAGAUGGAGAUGGCUAAGAUCUGUGAGGACUAUAUUCAGAAAGCAAAAGGAUCCAAGGACACCUUACGGGGCAAUCACCAGGCCAAUAUGAUUUCCCAAAACAAACCAAGAAAUUCUGAAGAAGGGAUGAUCCAUUUAACAGAACCUGACAGAGUAGGAGAACCUGAAGAGGCAGUUUAUAAUAAUCUCAUAGCUGGAGACAAGGGAGAUGAGGAAGAAAAAGAAGACACAGGCAUCUUGAAAGAAGGAGGCAUUGCCAUGGAGCGUGCCCGCCAGAGUUUCCGCUGGUACCGUUACCCAGAAUGUGAGGGACCUCGAAAAGCUUACAGUCAACUACUGGAUCUUUGCCACCAUUGGUUGAAACCAGAGAGACGUAGUAAGGAACAGAUUCUAGAACUGCUGGUCCUGGAACAAUUUUUGGCUACCUUGCCCAAAGAAAUACAGAAUUGGGUAUGGCAGCAGCAUCCGGAAAGUUGUGGGCAGGCUGUCGAAUUGGUGGAAAACUUUCUGACAGGACUUUCUUUGCUUGAAAGAUAUGGGAAAAAGGCUCUGGUGACUUUUGAAGAGGUGUCCCUGUAUUUCUCAGAGGAAGAAUGGAGACUUCUAGAUGAAUCUCAGAGGAAGAUAUUCACAAAAGUGAUGAUGGAGAAUUAUGAGAAUGUCCGAGCAUUGGGAUUUCCCACCAGCAAUCCAGAUUUUAUCUUCAAAAUGGGGAGAAACGAGAACCAUGAACUGUGCAUGGAUAAAAUUCAGAACCUUUCAGAAGGUGCAUCUCCAGAAGUCACAGGAGAGUUUUCAAAUGAAAAGGAGAAGCUGGAAACUUGGAGACAAAAGGAUAUGGAAGUUGUCCUGCCCGCCGGGCCAACGUCUCCAAGACUUCUCAAGAUUUGUGAUGCCACUGUCAAGGGUCUCUCUCCCAGAAAGCAGAAGACAAGAUCCCUUUGGCCGCAAAUCAUGCCAGGCUUUGCAUGCCCAGACUGUGGCAAAGCAUUCUUUAGCAAAUCGGACAUGGCUCGACACCAGUGGCACCACUCCAGAAACAAGCCCUACCAAGUCAUGAGUUGUCCCAGGAGCUUUGCCAAGUCAUUCCAACUGGCCCAGCACCAACAUUGUCAACGUGGAGAGUGUCAGUGCUCCAAGUGUGGGAAGCGGUUUAGGGAUCACCAUGCACUGGCGCACCACCAAGAGAUCCAUUCUGCCACGGGACUUUUCCACCACCAUUUCAGGGGCUUCUACUUUAACUACAACCUGCGCCAGAACCAGAACCCGAAUCAGCAAGCAACCGCAGCAAAACCCCUCUUUCAGUGUCCUCAUUGUGGGAGGCAAUUCACUCGCCGCUGUAACCUUAUACAGCAUUCUCGGAUACAUCAGUAUCAAUGGCAGCCACAAAGGAAGCAGGAGGUGGCCCUCUGCCCUGGAGACCAAACCCAAUGAUGGGUGGUCAGAUUGGGCAUUGUUCAUAGCAGCAGAGCUGGGGUUCUCUCUACGGGGAACCCUGAAAAUAAAGAGGUGGGGGGAGCUUUGGGUAGGGGACAGUAAUGAUGGCAGAAUUUUUCUUUUCUUCCUAAUGAUUUUCUGCAAGGGUAAAGUCUGCUUUCCCCCCCAAAUCAUCUGAGUUUUGAUCUGUGGGUUGCGAUAGGAACUGACCGACUGAUGGCUUGUCACCUGUACCUGACAUCGUAUAGCCAUGAUUGCAGAUGGAGUGAGAGAUUUGAUGGUGGAGAUGAUGACUCUUGAGUCGUCCAGGAUGGACCAGAUCAAUUGGGUGAAUGUUCUAAUCUAAAUCUCCAACCCACUAAUGAGACUCUUCUGAAUAAUCCUCUGCAGAUGCUCAGUAGGAAUUCCAGCUUUUCUCAAGGCCAGGCAAUCCAUAGUGAGGAGCAUCCUGAAGCAUCUUGGGAAUGCUGACGCUCUUUUAGUUUGUCCAACAUAGCCAUCCAAGAUCAGUUUGCUUGUGUUUUUGACCAAUCCUACGCAGGUCUGGAUUGUCCGCAAAGUUUUAGGCAGUAUUUGAACAAUGACUGUCAAGAACAUAGAGGACCACUGAGUCAUUCCUAUGGACAAAUAUCCGUUCUGGUGUAAACAAAUGUGAAUAAAGCUGCAGAGACUAUUCUAGCACUAAUAAGUCCAAGAUUAGUGCCAAAUUUUGGCAUUUGCUUUGGUACAGAAUACCUUUGUCCUCUCCUCUGAAUAAAUCUGUGACCAUGAUCUUGUAAUUCAUUGUUUUCUCAAUCUUGGUGGCUUUAAGAUGUGUGGACUUGAACUCCCAGAAAUCCCCAGCCAGCCUUUUAAAGCCAACAAGUUUGAGAAACACUGUUGUAACCUGUCUUGACUAGUGAAAAAAAUUGUGGGCAAAUUAGACUGCAGGAAGUCUUGGUUACAAUGGGCUUGAAAUGGAUGGUCUAGAUCAGGGUUCUGCAAGCUUAAACACUCAAAGAGCCAUUUGGACCCAUUUCCCACAGAAAAGAAAACACUGGGAGUCAGUAAUUUAACAAUCGGUGUGACUGGGUGGGCAUGGCUAACUUGAUGUCACUCACCCACCCAGUGACAUGACUCCCUCCAGCCAAGCCUACUCAACUGGUCAUUAGGGCAGAGAACUGGUUGUUAAAUCAUUUGCCACGCCCAGCCACCUUUUGCCACACCUGGUCUUGGUGUGUUCACCUUUCUCUCUCUCUCUCUCUCCCUCUCUCCCUCUCUCUCUUCCUCUCUCUCUCUCUCUUCUCUCUCUCUCUCUCUUUCUCUGUGUCUCUCUUUGUCUCUCUUUGUCUCUCUCUGCAUCUCUUGUCUCUCUCUCUCUCUCUCUCUGAUUCUGAUUUUCCGGCACCUCAUCUCUAGCUGGGUCUUGCUGCCUGACAGAUUGCAGCAGGAAACAGUGGGCGACUACUUCUGACCUUUGUUAGUGCUGGACACACCUCAAUUGCUUAGGGAGAUGCAAGACCUGCUCUCCGCCCCGAGUUACUGACCCUCCCUGAGCCGUGGUCGAUGCCGCUGCUGUUGCCAGUGGUGAGUGGGGCAGGGUUGCAUUGUGGCUCCGUGUCAUAAUGGGCUCCAGGAGGAGGAGGGGAGCCCGUCUCCUCCAUUGUGAAGCAUGCUAAAUUUCACUGUGUUGUAUAAUGUGCUGUGAGAGAAGUAGACACACCAUGAAGAUGGCAGCGGCAGCGGCAGCGGCUGCGUCCGCGUCAGGCCAGUAUCUCAGGGCGGAGAGCAGGUCAUACGUCUCCCCAAGCAACCGAGGCGCGCCCAGCACCAACAAGGGCCAGAGGAAGUGCCUGCAAGACCUUGCAAGAGAUGAGGCGCUGGAAAAUCAGACCCAGCUGCUUCUCUCUGCAGCAGAGGGAUGAAGGGAAGGAGCCACAGCAGAGGGAUAAAAGCCACAUGCGGCUCCGGAGCCAUGGGUUGCCGACCCCUGGUCUAGGUUGACCCAAGCUGGUUUUGAUUUGUGACUUUGACUGAGAUGUGGGGUUAAUGACAAAUUUAAAAAUUGCUACUGUGGAAAUAUUUAUCUUUGGAUUUGAGAAAGCAUUACUUCAGUAGAGGCAAAAUGGAAAAAGGAGAUGGCUAACUAAAAAAUCUAGAUGCCCCCCACUUGUAAUAACUUAUAUAUUAUAUAUUGUAUAUAGUUUUCUAGUCCAAAGAUUUAUUCAGGUUCCUCCUCAGAUAUUCAAGGAACAGGCAGUGGUACCAGAUCUUGUUCUGAUUUUGUUUUUGGUUCAUGCUUUGCUUCACAUUUAGAGAACAGUGGGACACUCCUGAUUAGACAACCUGCUUUACCCAGGUGACUGUUAUGUUCCUUCUAUCAGAAUUGGGGGAAAUUGAAAGUUGUCAUAGGUCACCUCUAGAGCUUGGUUGACAGUCCUAUCAAAUGGAGAAAAGAACCUGGAUGCAUUCAGUCAGAAUAUUCAUAAUGCCUGGGACUUUUCAGAUAGCCAAUAUCGAAUAAAUAUAGACUAAGCUUUACACGGAUGUGUGGUCAACAUUUCAAAACUGGACUGUAAUAUCCAUAUGACCACUAGGUGGCAGCAAGAGUUUUCUAUAUCUCCUUGUUGCCCACUACUGAUUGUGUAGGUUUUUGCAGAUUGAAUAAGUCAGGCAUCCCUAACCCUCAGUCUGUGACCCAGUGCUGGGCUGCAGCUCUUUUGGAACCGGGCUGCAGAAGUGGUGGGCGAGUCUGUGUGUGCGUACACGAAGCUGCAUUUGUGAAAGUGGUGCACACAUACGUGUGAAACCAGCCCGUUUCCACGUUGCCGCCACCUCCGCUGGUCCGCCGAGCCGAACAGCUUGGAGACAGCUGGAAUAACUGAUGUGAACAGGGAUAAGUGCCACAUACAAAAUACUUCCUGCAUCAGGGGUCCUAAGGCAGAAUGCACGUUGAGGGAGGCCCUUUUCUUUCCUGUUUGCACAGAUUAUAUGGCCAUGCUGUUACUGUUCUCUCAAGGGGAAAUUGCAAAGGUUUUUUUCUGUAUACAGGAAAAUGGAUGAAAAGGGGUCAUUUGUCUAUGCAGUGCUACCUUUCCCCAACCAACUGCUUGGUCUUUAUGCAAAUGAAGAGUUUUUGAGAACUAUAAAAAGUUACUGCAGGAGCAACCUACAGUAAUAUUUCUGUAUUGCAUACUGUUUCUGUCCAGCUUGCUUCCUUUGUUAAUGGAGCCAGAGGUCAUUAAUUGGAAUUACUCUUAGACUGGGCUUUAUCUACUGUAAAUUCUCUCCAGUUUUAGCCAAAUGGAGAAGAAUGCACGUUUUGUAUUUUUUGAAAAAUGAUGUUUCUGGGUAGUUAAUUCUGUACAAGAAAAAUAAUAAUAAAAAAAAAUGUUUUGUUCA